ACGGGUAUUUUGACAUUUGCAAUUGAGAAUUUGACAAACGUAAACAAUAAAAUAAACUUUUUAUAAUUUCAUGUGGUAUAGCCGCACGGGUACAGCUAUGUUUGAAUAAUCCUUGUAACUGGCAAUAAACUUGCAUCGUACUGGUCUUUUCAUGUCUUUUUCUAAGGAGAACGGACACUUUUUACCCUUAUUCCAGGGACUGAAAGCGAACUUUUCAACCAGGAAGAAUAAUUAAGAACUCAGUGUAAUUGUGUUUAUUUAAAAAAAAAGAAGUUUUGUGCCGUAGAAUAAUUGAACCGGUUUGAACCAAAUUUGUAGCAGAAAUAGAGAAGAAUAGAACACAGUAAACGUCGAAUAACAAUGUACAAUGCUUUUGCUGGUUAAAAAAUAUGUGUAAAUUUUAGGUAAGUAAGAAGUAGAACCGUUAAAUUACCUAUUAAUAAAAGAAAUCGUGAAGUGAAGGUGUUUUUCCGGUCAAUGUUUUUAGCCUGUUUUGCUAUUAGUAUCGAUUUUCUGAUAUCAUUUAUGGCAACUUUAUUGCUUGUUAAAAGCCAAUUAAUUAAAUUCUUUUGAUAAAUAUAACAGUUUCUACAGAGUUGUUGAAAACUACAUUUAAUUGCAAUGCUUUUCUGCCUUGACUGUAAUAACUUGUAAACGCAAUGCUGCGAGUAUGUAUUGUUGUUUUAGUUAUAUUCUUGCAAGUAAGUUAUUUAUAUUAAAAAAUAUUUUUUACAUCAAUAUUCAAAAUUAAUGCAAUAUUUUUAUUUUAUUCAGAUACACAAAAUUGCAGCUGGAAUAUCCCCUAUACAUGACCUGAAAAAUAAAUUAAACCCCAAAAUUAUUAGCGAACGGUAUUUAUUAAAAACACCUCAAACUGGAAUCAAGCACUUUGAUAAUUCCAUACUGAAGGCGACUAAAAAUGUGACACAAAAUCCGCAAAUGGAAGAAAAUCUAUAUCAAAUAUCAAAAAAUUUGGUAUCAGCCGUCCUGACGAAGAUAGAGAUUCAAGAUAAAAUUACACGGAUAACUAGAGAAGCCCUCGACGCUCCUGGAAAGAAUAAAGGCAUAACAGCUAUUGAAACUAGACGGAUUUUGGAUUACAUAUCUAGAACCCUAUCCAGCCAUAUCUUGAGUAUAACAAGAGCAUCAACAGAACCUGAACUACACCGAUUAGUGUACGGUUUGGCUCAAAUUGCAGCUGAAGUGUCCAUUGUUUCUGCUUUAAAAGAUAUAACGUAUGCAAAAGCUUUAUCUAAGAAGCAAUCCGUUGAUUUAUCACUUAGGAAAAAGAGAGCGAUCCCACUUGAAGAUAAAACAACACCAUCUCCUCAAUCUUCGUCUACAUUGUUUAGUAUACUUCUAAACAAACCCUUACCUUCACCAGAUAUAGUGAAUUCGACAUCGACAGUAAAAGAAAAUAAAUUAUACAUGUCUAAUGCACCGUAUUCAGUGAUAUCUCGCCAUGAUAAAUUGCCAUUCCGCGUUUUAUCCUUAAGUGAUAGUGGCUCUUUACCCGUAAAAGGGUUUUUGAAUAAAACUGUAUUAGACAGUGAAAACAGCGAGCAAAUCAACAACGAGUCGGAAGCUAUUGUCUUAGAAAAAGCUAUUAAUGGAACACAUUACGUAUCUGCUGAUAGUCAAACUAUUAACAAACAAGAAUCGAAUCCUGAACUGAUCGAUGAUUGGGUAGAUCCAAAAGAUCACAUUUACGCUCUAAAUCCUGAUAUAGUUGCUGAAAUGGAAUUAGAUCAGCCAGAAAUAGACGAUGAAAGUGUUAAUGAAAAGAGAGAGAAACAGAAAUUAGAGCGACUUGAACUUAAAGCGAAAAAAGCUAUACUUUACGCUGGUGAUGUGGCAUAUUUAACCGCGGCUAGUGUGGUAGCUAUGCGCCGUGCGUUAACAGCAUCUAUUGAAGUUAAUAUGUCCGUGAAGUUUGCUAAAAACGGUAUGUCUAAUCAUCAGGACUUGAUGAUGAAUUUAGCUAAAACAGCAGCCCAGCAAGCUGGCAAAGAAGCUAAAAGUGCGACAUCGAAAUCGCUCGCUUGUGAACGCGUUAUUAAAUUAGCCGUUAAAUACACUGCGCAAUCACAAGGUGCAAAAUUGAACCAUGUAGCAAAUAGAAUAAUAAUGGACACGUUGUCGUUAGCAACACUCGCUAAAUCGAUGGCCUUCGUAUCUUCAGAUAUUGCGAUUAAUUCACUUUAUCAAGCAACUGAUAUUAAACCACCAUCGUAAUUAAUUGUAUUACUUCAGUUUGGAUUGAUGUAGUAAAGGAUUUGAUUAAAAUACGUAACAUUUUAUUUCUAAUAUGACAUGACCUAAUUUACGAAUUACAUGAUUCAUUUGAUGUAACACGAUCAUAACAUUAAAGAAAAAGGCAAAACAAACGAAUUACCGUUCUGUAGUACAUUUUAGAAUUAAAAAUAAUUA